GUUGAUUAAACAAAAAAAAUUAAAAGAUCAAGCUAAAAUUAAAUACUAUCGUGAAUUGAAUAAUCAAUUGCUGAUAGCUUACAAAACAAACCACAAAUAUGACUUGGAAUCGUUCAAAUUAACUUCUAUCGUAUUGGAUUUAAAUCCUGAAUUAAAUGUAGCUUGGAAUUUUAGAAGAAAAAUUAUUCUAAAUUAUUUCUUACAAAAUACCGAUAGUAGUGUAGCUUUUGAUUGGAAUCAAGAAUUAAAUUUUACUAUGCUUCAAUUGAAAAGAUAUCCCAAAGUUUAUUGGAUUUGGAAUCACAGAACUUGGUGUUUAAGAUAUGUAAAUGAUAUUCAAAUGUGGCAAAAUGAAUUGCAUUUAGUUGAUAAAAUGCUAGCUGUAGAUGCAAGAAAUUUCCAUGGUUGGACCUAUAGAAGAUACGUUGUCUCACAAUUGAAAAAAAAUGAGCCAUCCAAUUCCGAUUUGUUGAAUGAAACUGAGUUUGAUUAUACUACUGUGAAAAUUAACAAAGACAUUUCCAAUUUUUCUGCAUGGCAUCAAAGAGCCAGCUUAUUUCCUGGGAAAUUAAGUCAAUUACAGGGCUACAGCGCUAAGUUAGAGUUGAUCAAAAAUGAAAUUAGUUAUUUGACAAAUGCUAUUUUUACCGAUGCAGAAGAUCAAUCAGUUUGGAUAUAUUUGAAAUGGUUCAUAACAGACGCAACCAUUGUGGGUAUUUUGCAAACUGGUGAGGGUGGUGAUGGAUAUUUGAAUGUGUUGAAACAGUUUGAAGACUCUAUUCAGAUAAUUAAUAAUGAUGAAAUAGAGUUUUCAGGUAAGGAUAACAAUUGGUGUUUAAAAAUAUUAAUUGUUAUUCAAACGAUCUUUUUCGAUAAAUUACAAGUAGAAAAAGGAGGUAGAACAGACGAUAGAAGGAUCAUGUUGGAAAAGCUUGUUGAAGUAGAUCCAUUGAGGAAAAACAGAUAUUUGUAUCUAUUGAAAUAG